AUGUUCUAUUAUGGAACCCCUAGACCUCUAAUGUUCUAUUAUGGAACCCCUAGACCUCUAAUGUUCUAUUAUGGAAACCCUAGACCUCUAAUGUUCUAUUAUGGAGCCCCUAGACCUCUAAUGUUCUAUUAUGGAACCCCUAGACCUUUAGUGCUCUAUUAUGGAACCCCUAAACCUCUAAUGUUCUAUUAUGGAACCCCUAGACCUCUAAUGUUCUGUUAUGGAAACCCUAGACCUCUAAUGUUCUAUUAUGGAAACCAUAUACCUCUAGUGCUUUAUUAUGGAACCCCUAAACCUCUAAUGUUCUAUUAUGGAACCCCUAUACCUCUAGUGUUCUAUUAUGGAACCCCUAAACCUCUAGUGUUUUAUUAUGGAACCCCUAUACCUCUAGCGCUCUAUUAUGGAACCUCUAAACCUCUAAUGUUUUAUUAUGGAACCCCUAUACCUCUAGUGCUCUAUUAUGGAACCUCUAAACCUCUAAUGUUUUGUUAUGGAAACCCUAUACCUCUAGCGUCCUAUUAUGGAAACCCUAGACCUCUAGUGUUCUAUUAUGGAACCCUAGACCUCUAG